GUGCAACAUGGCAGACGAGAAAGUGGCUGUUUUUGAAAUUCCAAAGACGUGCAAAGGCGGCGUCGUGGUGAAUGAAGGCCCCGACUUCUAUGUAGAGGUGCAGGAUCUCCCAGUCCCCGAGUGUGGGCCCCACGAUGUCUUGAUCAAGCUCAAUGCAACCGGAAUCUGCCAUACCGACAUCCACUUCAUGUCCAAUGAAUUGGAUCUGCCCAAAAUGUCCGUCUUUGGUACGAGAUGUCCUGGACACGAAGGCGCGGGCGUCAUUGUCAAAGUUGGCGACGAGGUCAAAACCUUGAAGCCCGGCAUGCGGGCAGGCUACAAGCCGAUCCAGGAUACUUGUGGUGCAUGUGAACACUGUCGUCGCGGCGACGAGAGCUACUGCGUCAAAGCUGUGAUAACGGGCUUGAUGAUCGAAGGCUCGUACAAGCAGUACGUAGUCUCGCCCGAAAGAUACACGACGGUGAUUCCCGACGGCGUCGACGACUACAUUGCAGGGCCCCUCAUGUGCUCUGCCUCGACUAUCUACACCUCCAUCAGAGAAUCAAAACUGCAGCCAGGCGACUGGGCAGUUUUCCCCGGCGCCGGCGGCGGUGUCGGGCUGCAAGGCCUGCAACUGGCCAAGGCCAUGGGCCUGCGGUCUGUAGCCGUUGACACGGGCGGCGAGAAGAAGAAGCUGUGCUUGGAAGUCGGAGGCGCCGAGCAUUUCAUCGACUUCAGAGAGGUGCAAAACGUCACCGAUAAGGUAGUGCAGCUAUGCGACGGCAUCGGCGCACACGGCGUCUUUGUCACUGCCGUCCAGGCGUAUCCGUCGUCGCUAUCCUAUCUGGGUGGCCGCGUUGGCGGCAAGGUCAUGUGUAUCGGAAUGCCCCCGGCCGGCACUCUGCACAUCGACGUCGACCCAAACCGCAUGUGCAACAGGAAACAGAGCAUAACAGGCACGCUUGUGAGCAGCAUGGCAGACGUGGACAAGACGCUCGAGUUUGCCCAGCGGGGACUGCUGAAGCCCAUCUACACGGUGCAUCCUCUGAGCCAGUUCAACGAAGCGGUGCAGAAGCUGCAACGGGGGGAGAUUGCUGGACGGGCUGUCAUCGACUUCAACCAGGCCCACGCCUCCACAAGAGCAUAUGUCGAGGGCAUGUCCAGCUCUUCGCACAGUCGGUCCCCAACCGGACACGUCAACACUCCGCCCAGCCGCGCAUCCAACGGCAAGCAGCCAGCCGUGGAACAUGACUACGACGACGACGACGAGGCGCUGCUGGCCGACGAUCCGCUAGAGCACGACCUACCUGAGCAACUAUCCUUCAAACGCAGGCCAAAAGCUCCCGCGCCGUCCUUUGGCUUCUCACGAUACCUCGCCUCCCCGCUUACGCCUUCCAGCAGCCGCGCAUCGCCCCCGCGACCUCAGAGCGCAAACGGCUCAUCCGACCUCUUCCUGAACUAUCUCGACACUCCAGGCAGCGCCAGCGAAACCCAAGACCCCAAGGAUGCGGGGGGCCUGGACUGGCACGUCGAAGGCCCCGGCCGCAGAGUAGGCUACGACGACCUUACCGCUAUCGACUGGAUCUUUGAAUACGCAAAGGAGCGCCAGCGCUUGAGGUAUCUGUACGCUGGCGCAAGCGGCAUCUUGGGACACGUGAAGCAACUUGCAGAUGCUAGUCAAGUCUGGAUCAUCUUGGUCGCUGCCGGUAUCCUGAGCGGAGGCAUUGCGGCAUUUAUCGACAUUGCGAGCGACUGGCUUGCCGACCUCAAAACGGGAUAUUGCCACAAUGUGGACGGCGACGGGCGAUUCUAUCUGAACAAGGCCUUCUGCUGCUGGGGGAUUAGGGAAGCGCAGGCCUGCCAUGAUUGGAACUCAUGGGGAUCUGCUUUGGGCAUUGGCAGCGCUGGUGGGAGAUAUGUUAUUGAAUACAUCAUCUUCAGUCUUCUUUCAGUACUAUUUGCCGCAUGCGCCAGCAUCCUGGUUCGCGAGUUUUCGCCCUACGCCAAACAGAGCGGUAUACCUGAAAUCAAGACCGUUCUGGGUGGCUUCGUUAUGCGACAUUUCUUGGGUGGUUGGACGUUGGUUACAAAGACAAUUGGCUUGUGCCUUGCAGUCGCAUCGGGCCUCUGGCUGGGCAAGGAAGGCCCACUGGUGCAUGUAGCAUGCUGCUCAGCGAACCUCUUCAUGAAGCUGUUUAGUAGCGUAAACGGCAACGAAGCACGAAAACGAGAAGUCUUUUCAGCUGCGGCGGCGGCAGGCAUUUCAGUUGCCUUUGGUGCACCUAUUGGGGGCGUCCUGUUCAGCCUCGAGCAACUCUCCUACUACUUCCCGGACAAGACCAUGUGGAGCAGUUUUGUAUGCGCCAUGGUCGCCGCUGUUACGCUACAAGCGUGCAACCCAUUCCGCACUGGUAAGCUGGUCCUUUAUCAAGUCACCUACCAUAGCGGGUGGCAUGACUUUGAGAUUUUGCCCUUCAUCUUCCUCGGGAUUCUGGGUGGCUUGUUUGGAGGCUUCUUCAUCAAACUCAACAUGGGCGUUGCCGAGUGGCGCAAGAACCGGACAUACCUCAAAGACUCUGUCAAAGAGGUCGUCAUCGUUUCCCUGGUGACGGCGUUUAUCAACUUUCCGAUCAAGUUUAUGCGCGCUCAGGCGUCAGAACUGGUACACAUUCUGUUCGCUGAAUGCGCCGAUCUCACUGAGGACACGCUGGGCCUUUGCAAAUCCGGCAAAGCCAACACAGGCGUGAUUGCGCUGUUGCUUGUAUCUUCAGGAUUAGGCGUCAUACUAUCAAGCUUUACAUUUGGACUGCAGAUUCCCGCCGGCAUCAUUCUUCCCUCCAUGGCCAUCGGCGGUCUCUUUGGUCGCGCAGUCGGGCUGUCCGUGCAAGUGGUCCAGGCUGCCUGGCCAUCUUUGUUCGUCUUCCAGUCCUGCGAGCCUGACAUAGCCUGCGUAACACCAGGGACGUAUGCCAUUAUUGGUGCGGCAUCGGCCCUCGCAGGCACGACGCGCAUGACGGUGUCGAUUGUUGUCAUCAUGUUUGAGCUGACCGGGGCUCUCACCUAUGUCUUGCCCAUCAUGAUUGCGGUCAUGAUCAGUAAAUGGAUCGGUGACGCAAUCUCGCCACGCGGCAUCUAUGAGUCGUGGAUACACUUCAAAGAGUAUCCGUUUCUCGAUAAUCGCGACGACAACGGUAGCUCGAUCCCAGACGUUAGCGCAAGCCAUGUCAUGACGCGCAUCGAGGACUUGACUGCAAUAACUGCUACUGGGCACACGAUUGGGUCGCUACGUGAACUCUUGUCGCAACAUCGGUUCCGUGGGUUUCCCGUGAUUGACAACAGCCGCGAUGCUCUGCUGCUCGGCUAUAUAUCCAGGACAGAACUACAGUAUGCGCUCCAGACAGCCCGGACGCCUCCGCGAAGCCUGCCUCUCGAGACGGAAGCAUUCUUGGCCCACCAGCCGCUCUCGGAUCCUACCACUUCGCUCGACCUCCGGCCGUGGAUGGACCAGACGCCCAUCACACUAAAUGCCAAAGCCAGCUUCCAGCUUACCGUGUCCAUGUUCCAAAAACUGGGACUACGCUAUGUGCUGUUCACGGACCGAGGGACGCUCAGAGGACUGCUCACCAAGAAGGACGUUUGGUACGUCAUGGAAGGCAUGGACGAAGAGCGCGAAGAGGGUGGCGCCGGUAGAGGGGGGAGCGACCUGCUGGGCACACCAGAAGAAGAGCGGGAUGGCUUCAUUGGUGCACAUGGUAGAUAGUCGCCCCAAAUUGAGUCUUGA